AUGCUGGCCGCAAGACGCCGUGCCGUUCGCAGCAGCUCGCGCGCCUUCGCCGCGCUGGCCAAUGCCGUUCGCUUCGAGUCCAGCAGCGCCAAUGCGCAGGCCAAGGUGAAGGUGCAAAGCUCGCGGCUGCCGCGUGACGGUCCCGGCCUUGGCGACUUCCUGCGCGAGUCGCAGUCGCACGACCACCAGCGCACGGCCGAGGCGGCGCGCGAGCCGAGCGAGAUGAACUUCCCGGUGGCGCCCAGCAGCAUCGUGCGGGCCAUCCUGCUGGAGGGCGGCUACUCGCCCGCGUCCUCGGCCGACGCGGCCGACGUGGUGCUCAUCAACACGUGCGCCGUGCGCGACAACGCCGAGGCCAAGAUCUGGAACCGCCUCGAGUCGCUGCGCCAGGUCAAGGCCAAGCUGCUGCGCAAGAAGCAGAAGGUGCAGACCGUGGGCGUGCUGGGCUGCAUGGCCGAGCGCCUCAAGACCAAGCUGCUCGAGUCCGACAAGAUGGUGGACCUGGUGGUGGGGCCCGACGCCUACCGCGACAUCCCCAACCUGCUGCGCGUCGUGCACGGCAGCGGCGAGGCGGCCGUCAACGUGCAGCUCUCGCUGGACGAGACGUACGCCGACAUUGCGCCCGUCCGCGCCGACCCGCACAGCCCGUCGGCCUUUGUGUCCAUCAUGCGUGGCUGCAACAACAUGUGCUCGUACUGCAUUGUGCCCUUCACGCGCGGACGCGAGCGCAGUCGCGUCAUCAGCUCGAUCGUGGACGAGGUGCGCGCGCUGAGCGACCAGGGCGUGAAGGAGGUGGUGCUGCUGGGCCAGAACGUCAACUCGUACCAUGACAAGAAGUCGGAGGGCGCUGCCGAAAAGGGGCGCGGCUACGUCUCGUCCGCGGGGUUCAGCAACAUGUUCCGCUCGCGCGACGCGCCUGGUUUCCGCUUCGCCGACCUGCUGGAAGAAGUCUCGCGCGUGGACCCGGAGAUGCGACUGCGUUUCACGUCGCCCCACCCGAAGGACUUCCCGAACGAAGUGCUGGACCUCGUGAACGAGCGCCCCAACAUCUGCAAGCAGAUCCACAUGCCGGCUCAGAGCGGCAGCACCACGAUGCUGGAGCGCAUGCGUCGUGGCUACUCGCGCGAGGCGUACCUGGCGCUAGUGGACAACAUGCGUACGCGCAUCCCCGGUGUGGCCAUCUCCUCCGACUUCAUCACGGGCUUCUGCGGCGAGACUGAGGAGGAGCACGCCGACACCAUCUCGCUGAUGCGCCAGGUGUGCUACGACCAGGCUUUCAUGUUCGCGUACUCGAUUCGUGCUCGUACACACGCUGCCCACCGCAUGGAGGACGACGUGCCCCAGGAGGACAAGCUGCGUCGGCUGCGCGAGGUGAUCGACACAUUCAGCGAGGUGGUGACGCGCAAGAACUACGUCGAGGACUCGGACCGGCUGCACAUCGUCCUCGUGCAGGGCCCCAGUCGGCGCUCCACGGACGAAGACCCGAAGCUCACGGGCCUCACGGACACGAGCAAGCGCUGCGUGUUCCCCAACCAGGCGAUGCCGGGCUCGCUGCGCGCCUUCACGAAGCAUGCGGGCGAGCUGGCGUCGCAGUUCCUUCCCCUCCCCACUGUUAGUUCAGACAGCGUCCACGCCGCCCCAGGCGACUACGUGCUGGUGCGCGUCCGCGAUGCUGGCCGUCACACUCUGCACGCUACGCCCGUGGCCCGCACCACCCUGCAGGAGAUCGCGGAGCUGGUGCCGUCCGAGCUGCUCGGCGCCAGAUCGCACUCUCUCGAGGCGUUGGAGCUAUAG